AUGGUGUUGGAAGGAGCAGCUAAGCAACCCUCAAUGAAGCUGAUCAGAGGGAAGGCAAUAAAGAAAUUCAUGCUGCAGAAACACAGAACCUUGGCAUCAAUCUGCUCAGUGCCUGAGAAUAGCAACUCAGAUGAUGUAAGUCCACUUCCUAGUGAAAUCUCAGAAUUACUGCACCAGUUCUCUGAUGUGUUUGCUGAACCUACACAAUUACCACCUGAAAGGGCUCAUGACCAUACUAUACCUUUGAAACCAGGGGCUCAACCCUUUAAACUCAGACCCUAUAGUCCAGACCUGCAAUCACAUGUAAACCAUCUGAGAACAGUGUUGGAAAUUCUGAGAUCUCACCAGUUGUAUGCAAAGAUGUCCAAGUGCAUGUUUGCUCAACUGAGAGUGGAGUUCUUGGGCCAUAUCAUAUCCUACAAUGGGGUUGAAAUGGAUGCUGCUAAGGUUGAGUGCAUAAGAGCCUGGCCAAUGCCUGAGAUUGUUAAGGUUUUGAGGGGAUUUUUGGGCCUUAUAGGUUAUUACAGUAGAUUUGUACAAGGUUAUGGGCAGAUUUGCAAGCCCUUGACUGACCUGUUGAGAAAGGACUCCUUUGGCUGGAAUGAAUCAGCAGCCACAGCCUUCCAGAAUCUGAAGGAUAUCAUGAGUACCACUCCUAUGCUGAGAAUGCCAGAUUUUUCCAAGUCAUUUGUAGUGGAGACUGAUGCUUGUAAUGAAGGCAUAGGUGCUGUGUUGAUGCAAGAGGGACAACCUAUAGCUUACCUCAGCAAAGCCUUAAGUCCUAAGAACUUGGGGCUAUCUAUAUAUGAGAAGGAGUUGUUGGCCGUGUUGGAGCAAAGGCUAAAUACACCCCUGCAGCAUAAGUGUCUAACAAAACUCUUAGGUUUGGAUUAUGAAAUCCAAUACAAGAAGGGAGCAGAGAACAAAGCUGCUGAUGCCUUGUCAAGGAGAGGAAUUCAGGAGAAGGAUUCUGCAAGAGGAGCCUGUGACAGUGGGAAACAUGUAGGUGGCCAUUCUGGCCAGCUGAGGUGCCUGAAGAGACUAGGCACAGUCUUCUACUGGCCUGGGAUGAAGAAAGAUGUAGUUGAAUUUGUCAAACAGUGUGAUGUUUGCCAGAGCAACAAGCAUGAGAAUGUUCCUUAUCCUGGCUUAUUGCAACCUCUGCCAGUUCCCAACCAAGCAUGGUCGCAGAUCAGUAUGGAUUUUAUUGAGAGUUUACCAAAUUCUGAAGGUGCGGACACUAUAUUGGUGGUUGUGGACAGGUUCAUCAAGUUCUCUCAUUUCAUUCCCCUCAAGCAUCCCUUCUCAGCAGUGGAGGUUGCCAAGCUAUUCUUAACACAUGUUUCCAGACUCCAUGGAUUACCAGAUGUGAUAGUCUCAGAUAGGGACAAGCUCUUCACUAGUCUUUUUUGGCAGGAGUUGUUUAGACUGUUGGGAACUCGCUUAAUCUCAGCUCAGCCUACCAACCCCAAAAAAAUGGUCAAAGUGAACGUGUUAAUCAGUGUGUGGAGACAUACUUAA